CGCUCAAUGGCAGCGCCCUUAGAUACAUCCGGUGGGAAAAUCAACAAAAAUGAAUCCUGAAAGAAAGAAAAGAAGUCGAGUUCAGGGAGGCUGGGCUGCUCCAACGAAUGUGAGAUCAGACAGAAACAAACCUAAAGCAGGUGUAAGCCCGGCAUGGACGGGUAAAACAGUCGAUCAGCCCACGGAAAAGAAAUUUGUUUUUGAAGAACCUGAUGAAGAGCUUAAAGAGAGACCUGCAGAACUAGUUAUCACAAAAACAGGUGUCUAUGACAUCAGUACAGAGCCUUCAGGAGUUUCAAGGUUGAGGUAUUUCCCGGAGUUUAUUGGGUCACAAGAAGCCAAUGAGUUGUAUGACCGCCUAUUCCACGAUUUACCAUGGCGACAGAGAUCCGAUAUGAAGGAUGGUGUCUCCUACUUGCAGCCGAGGCUGACGACAUGGUAUGGAGAUCUAUCAUACUCGUACUCUGGAGUCACACACGAGGCCACUUUAGAGUGGGACCCCACUUUGCAUAUGCUGAGGGAACGACUGGAAUCAGUGUUAGGUCUCCAAUUUAACUCUGUGUUGACUAAUCUGUACCGAGAUGGGCACGAACAUGUUCCUUGGCACUGCGAUGACGAGCGCUCACUUGGGCCCCAGCCCACCAUAGCUUCACUCUCAUUUGGAGACACUCGCAACUUUGAGUUACGAAAAAAGCCUGAAACCGGGGAUGAUUACUCUCACAGCGAGCAUGUACGGAUUCCCCUCACUCAUGGUUCACUGCUCAUCAUGGAAGGCUCUGUACAGGACGACUGGCAGCAUCGGAUACCAAGGGAAUACCAUGACAGGGACCCAAGAAUCAACCUGACAUAUCGUGUGAUUCUACCGGAGUGAAAAUGCACGCAUUGUUUCAUUGAAGUUUCUGUGAUGGUAUAGGUUUAUAAACAGUGAAAACCCAUAAUGUUGAUUUAUUAAGAUUAUGAUAAUCCCAAAAAAUUGUUUUCCAGACGUGUAUUUGGGAACUGAAUUAUUAUUUCAUUAAUGUGAAAAAUUAGAUAUUCCAGAUUUUAUUUUUCGGAAUGUAACAUAUUUGAACUAGCAUUACAAUCUACUCUAUGCUGUAUACAGCGAGCUUUUUGUCCAGUCAAAUACCCCCUUCCUAGACUGGUAAACUUCUUUUUUACCUAGUGUUAAUUUGCCCUUGUUAUUAAGGCGUUGGACCAUCUAUAAUCACUAGCUUUCCACCACUGGGUUGCGGGUUCAAGGCCUACAUAGAGCAAUCGCCAGGUACUGGCCGCUGGUUGGUGGUUUUUCUC